AUGGAGAAUAAUAGUAAAUUCAGUGAUAUUGUUUCGACAAGUGCAAAAAGAAAUCGAUUAGUUAUUAGAUUCGAUACUGAUACAGAUAGCGACUGCGAGGAAAUUGUUUGUUCUUUUAGGAAGCGGUGUAGAAUUAUAGUAUCUGAUAGUGAAGAAGAAAGUAGCAGUGAAGAUUGUGAACUUAAUUUUAUAUCUGAAGAAUGGAUAUGGGAAAACAAGGAAAACAAUAGAAGCAAUCAUUACGUGAGUCAAACGUUAGGAAACACAGCACGAAAAAUAAACAAAUCUGAGGAAAAUUGGAGGGAUACGAAUAUUGAUGAAAUUCAUGCUUAUUUUGCGUUAUGCAUCUUGAUGGCACGUUUAAAAAAGUCAAAUAUCCAAUCCUAUUGGUCAAGAAAAAGUCUGAUUGAAACUCCCAUUUUUCGAAAAACAAUAUCAUUACAAAGAUUUACGCAACUCUCCCAUUUUUUACAUUUUUCCAAUAAUGAAGUUGUGGAUAAAGAUGAUUGUUUGUGUAAAUUACGAAAUAUAAUCGAUUAUCUCAAUGAAAAAUUUACGAGUAUUUACACUCCCGAAGAAUAUGUGUCAUUAAACGUAUCUCUUAUGAAAUAUACCGGUCAAGAUACAGUGAAAAAUUCAAUCACCAGUGCUUCCGAAAAUGUUACCAUGUUUAUGUUCACACCAAUAUCUAAUUUCGGACACACCUUAUUUCUAGAUAAUUCGUAUUCUUCACCAAAUCUGUUUCAAAAACUACAAUCCAUAAAAACUAAUGCCAUAGGAACAGUUAGAUGUAACAGAAAGAAUAUGCCGAACGAUCUCGCAAAGAUAAAGCUAAAACGAUCAGAAACUAUUUCAAGAUCGUGCAAGGAUAUAGCGCAACAAAUUUUAGAAAGUGUAUAUAUACCUGAAUACAUAAAUCGUGGAAGACCGUCUACUGGUGACAUACCAAUGCGAUUACAAUCAAAAUAUUUGGGUCAUCUUGCAAG